AUGGCAGCCGACCGCCCCCUCCAUGACGACACAGGUCCCUUUGCGAGCCUGACGCAGGAGCUGUCCUACGGCGGUCCUGGUCCGCAGGAACACGAUUUCCGCAUGCGCGAUACAGACGUUGUUCUCAUGGUCGAAGGUGCCAGCCGCAACCUCCAUUUGUUGCACCUGCAAAAUGUGCGUGCAGACACAGUGUCUGCAGCCAAGGCUGCCGUCGACGACUUCCUCGGCCAUUUGGAGCCGACAGCGCAGAGCAAAAGGGUAGAGAAGACGGUUUUCCAGAAUUUCAGCAAGGUUCACCAGGAGCUUUAUAAGUAUGUCGUCAGCACCCAGGCUGAAGUAGAGGACUUGCGUGACCAGCUGGAAUGGGUUGACGACACGUUCCCCAGGAGGGACGCCCCAGAGAGCCCUGCCGCAGCCCAGCUUGACUUUUCAGACAACAAUCCCGUCGCUGCGGUCCAUGCUGCUUGUCAGGAGUUUCUUAAGCAACUGGAGCUGAUUAGGGACCCCGAUGAGGAUAUAGAACGGAGCAUCAAGGAGAAAAACACCAAGCCGAGGAAGCGGAAGCGGGCGGCGCAUACGAUGGCGGAGGGCUCUGAUCAAUCACACCAAGAAGUGUGCACGUAUAUGGAGGGGCGGGCUGAGGGCCGCGGGUUGAUCUUCAAAUGGUCUGAUGGUUCGUAUCCACGCGAUUCGUUCCGUCGUAGUGGCUCGCGGAUCAGAUACGAUGUGUACUUCCGCGAGGGUGGUGCUUGGAGUACUCAUUAUGGGUCCUGUUAA